CGAGCAGCGAUUGGUUCGCGCCGGUGUCACUCCGGCUGUUGUCUCUGUAUAAGGUCUCCUGCUCCAGCAGCACUUUUAACAAACCUGAGAUGAGCCUGGAGCAGCUCCGCGGUGCGCAACUGUUCUCCACAAUCUAACUAUGAGUCAGAAACCCUCCGAGCCUCCUCUCUGGAUCUAUCCCUCUCCUCGGUGAUAGUCGCAUUAGACCUUUUUAGUUUUAAUUUGUGAGUUUUAUUUAUUUUUUAUUUUUUAGUUUGAGGUGAGCAUGUGCGUAAUUUCGCGAGGAUCGCUGAGGUGCCGCCGGGACUGAGUUGGGCAAUAUGCGCCGCUGGGAUAUGAUUCUCACCCGAAAGGCUUAUGGAAUAUAGCCUGGUUUGUCACAGCCUGUAUGCCCUCUGGUCCAGCCCCGUGAAGAAGAAACUAAUCCUGCUCAGCAUCAUGUUUUUAGUGUGGGUCUACAUGCUGUACUCCUGCGUGGGCUACUGCUCCACCAUGCCAAGUUUGGUGGUGGACGGUUACCGGGGCAAGGAGACGGGCUCGGCGGUGGCCCGGAGGACAGAGAGCAGCAGGACGGACCUGGUGUCCAGACUGCUGGCCAAGCCGCAGCCGUGGGAGGAUAUAGAGAGCGACUACGAGGAGCCGUCCAUCAGAACCGCCGCGUCCAGAGACCUGCUCGAUAACGAGCUGGAGGCGGACAGAGCCGACGACUGGGACGAGAUGCGGGCCGAGCAGCAGCAGCAGCAGCAGCAGCAGAGAGCCCCGGAGCCCAGCGCCAUGUCCAGCUUCUCCAACGGCUCCGGGAGCAAGAAGCUGCCGCAGGCGAUCAUCAUCGGGGUGAAGAAGGGAGGCACCCGGGCUCUGCUGGAGUUCCUCCGGGUCCAUCCCGACAUCAGAGCCGUGGGAGCGGAACCGCACUUCUUCGACCGCAACUAUGAGAACGGACUGGACUGGUACAGGGAGCUGAUGCCCAAGACCCUGGAGGGCCAGAUCACCAUGGAGAAAACCCCCAGCUACUUUGUGACCAGAGAGGCUCCAGCCAGGAUCUCCGCCAUGUCCCGGGACACCAAGCUGAUCGUGGUGGUGAGGGACCCGGUCACCAGGGCUAUCUCGGACUACACGCAGACUCUGUCCAAGAAGCCCGACAUUCCCUCUUUCGAGAGCCUCACCUUCAAAAACAGGACUACCGGGCUCAUCGACACCUCGUGGAGCGCCAUCCAGAUCGGUAUCUACGCCAAGCACCUGGACAACUGGCUGCAGUACUUCCCCAUGGGCCAGAUCCUGUUCGUGAGCGGCGAGCGCCUGAUCACCGACCCGGCCGGCGAGCUGGGCCGCGUGCAGGACUUCCUGGGGCUCAAGAGGAUCAUCACAGACAAACACUUUUACUUCAACCAGACCAAGGGUUUCCCCUGCCUCAAGAAGGCCGAGGGCAGCAGCAAGCCCCACUGCCUGGGCAAAACCAAAGGGCGGACCCACCCGAACAUUGACCCGGAGGUGGUGCAGAGGCUACGGGACUUCUACCGGCCCUUCAACAUGAAGUUCUACCAGAUGACGGGACAUAACUUUGGUUGGGAUUGAUGUGAAAAACCAUGAGAGACAUUUUUUUGUUGUUUUUUUUUUUUGGUUAAUUUGUUGAGAAGUUAUUUUUGUUUUUCCUCUGUAAUUCAACGGCAAGAUGUGGAGAUAUUGCUAUAUAUAUGUAAAAUGUACAGAAAUCUAUUUUAUAAUAAUUUAUUUUUAUUUCUAAGCAAUUAAUUCACUAAGCUGCCUAACCAUAUUUUGUACAUAACAUCUGGCCCACAUGUACGUGUUGUUGUUGUUGUUGUUUUUUUUUUUUUUUAACAUUCCUCAUUUUAAUUUUGAACUCUCUCGCUUCUUCCCGCGCCGUCCUGUAGACUCAGUGGAUUUAUCGGUGCUUUGUGAUGCAGAUAAUCAGCGACGACUGAAGUAGAAGUUAGGGUGGAAAAUGUAAAAAAAGAAAAAAAAGAGAAAAGCACCAUAUUACGGGUACAGAGUGCUCACAGAGAGGUGGAGAACAUCAACCCAUGUGCAUCCUCAUUCAUCACAAUUUCAUCCUUUCACUUUCACACAAACCGUCCAGUUUAAGUUUUUCACUACGAGCCCAUUUUUCCUGCGCUGGCUUCGGCCAAAGCUGCAGCUUUUCAGCCCUUUUCCACUCAAUAGCAGGUAGAUCAAUGGGCUUAAUUGAUCCUCAUUGUGUCACUCAUGCUUAAAGUAUACAGCUGCCCUUUGAUUCACAGCGCUCCUGCUGCCCGCUCUCAUGAAUGGCCCAUCCAUCAAACGUUAAACCCCAUCCUGGACCACGUAAGGGCACCAUGUUAACAUUAUGCUAAUCGGGUAAAGGUAACCGGCGGAUCGAUCGAGCCUCCGCUCUCCAGCUCCCCCCAUUAGAAGCGUUGCAUGCUGGGAGUUCAAAGGUCACACAAAGUCUCAAUCAGAUUUCCUUGAGAGGCUUUUGAUUUGUCGAGGCGCGCUGCAGCUCGUGUGCCUUGUUUUCACGGUGAGAUGGAAAAUCUUUGCGUGAGGUAGCGGAGGCAUAUCUGUCAGAAGUGGAGCAUAAAGAUAGAAAAGAUGACAGACAAACCACAACGCCGCACCGCAGCAGCGCUUCUUCAAACAGAAGUCCACCAGGCUGCUCCCGUCUCAGAUCCCAGAUCGAACAGAUCAAAACGGGGAGGAAAGGUUUUUGUGCAACAGUCUCAGCACAGCAAGAAUUGCCUCAGGCGGCGUUCAGCGUCUAACCUCUGCGGUGUCGUCAGAAAAACCUCAUGUGCCAUCGUCCAUGGCUGAUAAUAAAUAUACUUUAUGCCUUAUUCACUCUGCUCAUCCUCACACGUCUCAUCUCUCCACGCCAGAUCUACAACUCUCUCUACUUGUUGCCAAAAAAUUUAAAAAGCCUUCGGGUUGAUAUCAUGUUUCACGCGGCUCUUCCCUCCCUGCAUCGCUUCUUUUUGCUUUUUUUUUUGUUUAGUUUUUUUUGUCUUUCUACUUGAAUUCUUGAUAUGCAAGAGGGGAGAACAGGCGCAUCUCUUUGCAGCAGGCGGUGCGCUAUUAUAAGGGCGCAGGAGGGCGGCCACGCUAUGCUACGUUAAUGCUAUGCUACGCUACGCUACGCUAUGCAUGCUCAAAGUGGUGGCCAUUAUGAGAAUGCAGGGAUAAAAGGGAUUAUUAAGCGGCCCAGACUGAAUGUACACAACAUAUCCUCAUAGAUAAAAAAAUUCCCUCCAAUCAAUGUUAAAUUUGAGUUAAAAGUUGAAUUGUUUGAUUUUGACGUUUGAAAUGUUGUGCCUCUCGAACGCUCCAGCCCAACACGGUCAGCCUGCCUCUGUCAUUACAACAGAUAAUGACCCGAAUUCAGCGACUUCUCUUAUUUUCCAGUUGAAACCAGCUGCCUGGUUUCAGCCUCAAACCAAACGGUUGGUAGCGGGAGGGGAGCUGGAGGCUUGUCACACUGUAUUUCUUUUAUUUUUUUUUAUCAUAGUGCUGUUCUUUACUUCUCUCUCUGGUUUCCGAAGAAGAAAAGCCUCCAUCUCUCCCCCUUCUCUCCUUUUUUUAGUGCAAUGUUUUGAUUACACAAAAGCAUUUAUGAUGACCUCUCACGGCAACAGUCGGACAUUUUCCCCCCCGAAAACUGAUCGAGUACGUGCAUUUCAAAUUAUGGUCACGCAACUGAGGGAAUAUCUGAGAAACAACCUGGCACUCGUGGAGGAGAGAGGUUUCCUCCACGCUGCUGCGUCGGUUACGGUUGAGUUUUAUUCAACCUUGUUUUGAGAUCUAAAAAAAAAAAAACUUUAAAAAAUGUUAGAAAUGUUUGUCUUACCCACAUAUAAUAAUGUAUUUAGACUAGAGGAAAAAAAAUCUGUAUGUACAAAAAAUGAGAAAGACAUGUAAAUCAAGUUAUUUUGUGGUAUGUACAUCAAAGGAAAAUUAAUUUUACACAAUGCAAAAAGCAAAAAUGGAACAGAUGUUUCUAGAUGAUUAAAUACUGAACAUUCAUAAUAUUUCUUUGUAUGAAAGAAAUAAAUAAAAAAGUAUAUAUUUUACCAAAAAA